AUGGUCUCCACGAAAGAUCACGUCACGAACCUCGUCAUGGGUGUAUCUGAAGAACAGCGAUCAACGUUGCGCAGCAUGUCCGUUGCUACAGGAAUGACCAUCGGGACGCUCCAUCGCAAGCUCCGCGACGCUACGAUCGAGCGCAAGUCAUCCCAGCUCAAACCGCUUUCUCACCGACAUCAACAUGCCGCGCUCGCGAAUUCCGCCGGCGAAGCCGGGCAAGACAAUUGGGCGACGCGCAGCCAAAAGCAAGAAUUUCAUCGCGAAGGUCAUGUUCCUUGCGGCGGUCGCGCGUCGACGGCAAGACUACGAGCGACGUUCAGUUUCGAGGGGAAGAUUGGGAUGUGGCUCUUCGUCAGGUACUUGCCUGUCCUUCGAAACUCCCGCAACCGCCCAGCUGAUACGCUCGUGGAUACAUUGAUGAACGUUGAUGCUGCUGUGUACCGUGAACUCGUGACGACUCGAGUCGUAUCUGCUAUCAAGACUCGGUUCCCAAGCGCCAACAAGCGCGUGGUCCUCCAGCACGACAACGCCACGCCACACGGUGCCAUCACCAACGAGGUCGUGGCGAGCGUCUCCACUGAUGGGUGGACGUUUGUCGUGCGGCGCCAACCACCCAACAGCCCGGACCUGAACGUCCUUGAUCUUGGCUUUUUUGCGUCGGUCCAGUCGCUACAAUACAAAGUGGCGAGUCACUCAAUCGAUGACGUGAUUCCCUUGACCCCAUGCGGCCUUCCAGGGGCUCUCAUUGGUGAAGCUCGAGAACGUGUUUCUAACUCUUCAGGCAGUCAUGCGCUUGGUGGUUGA